GUUUGUUGUAGGUAGUCCACUCUCAUGCCGAGACCUCGCGAUCCAAGUGGCGAUAGCGAUGAUGGGAGCAGUAGUCGUGACGCCACCAAAUCUAAUCCCUCAAGCUCAAGGAGCAGCAGCAACAGCAGCAAUAACCGAUCUCAUGACGACAGCGGAUCUUUCUCCUCGUCGUCCGCCAGCAACGACUACAGCAGUAGUAGCACCAGUAGCAGUCCCAGAAAUUUCGUGGCGGGGUACGAUACAGGAGGAACCAGCGUCAACACGUCCAGUUCGAGGAAUAGCAGCCGAAAUACGACGAGUGGGUCGGAUAGCUCAUCUUCGACUUCCAGCGGCGACGAUGGAGGAAACACGACAAGGAAUCGAAUGAAAAAUCUGUUCAAGAAACAGUCCGACGAGGUUGCCGAGAUAGAAGAGCUCGGAGAGCUGAACGAAAGAGUGGAUGCUAAGCUUCUGGAGGAAGUACAGGAGUAUGACGCAGUGCCAUCCGAGGCGGCAUCCUAUGGAAAAACCACUUUUUGGGACGAACGCUACGCAGGGGACGGGGAGGUGGUAGAGUGGUACCACCCGUGGGGAAACCUGGCUCCAACCCUGACUCAGUACAUGGACGAACAAGACGAGGUGCUGGUAUGCGGUUGUGGGAACUCUGAGAUGAGCGUCGACAUGUACGAUGACGGGUUCGAGAACAUCGUGAACGCGGACAUUUCCAAGGUGGCGAUUCACCAGGUGACCGAGAUCUACAAAGCCUACCCCAUGGAGUGGAAAUCGAUCGACCUCACACGCGAAGAGUUCCCAGAAGAGAAAUUCGACGUCGCCCUCGACAAAGCCUGCCUCGACUCCAUCGCCUGCAACCUUCGGGGAGUGGUGAACGCGGAAAACUAUCUCCAACAGAUGGACAGGUUGCUCCAGCCAGAAGGGGCGUUCAUCUGUGUGUCCUUCGCGCCCCCAGAAGAGCGCCUGGAGCUGUUGGAAUACUGGGAUAUAGACCAGCCGGCAAAGUGCCUUGCGUGGGACGUGCACGUCGAUACGAUAGGCGAGUCGAGCCCCUCAAAUUUUCAUCCAGCUGUUACGUGUUCUUGCUCGCGGGUGUGGGUGCACCGCUGA